UUUAUUUAGUCAAGUAUUUCAAAUAAAUACCAAUUUUAUUUUUAUUAUCAUGAUCAUAAGUAUUAUUUUUAAAUUUCUAUAUUAAUAAAUACAGUUUUGAUUAUUCAAAUUUUUAAAAUAAAAUUAUAAUGCCGCCUAAUAAUUUGACGGCCAGAAAAUUGCCCUCUGGGAAUAAUAAAACAGAUUAUUGUGAAAUAAUACCAGUAGAAAAAAAAACUAAAGCAUGGUACGAAUUUGAAACUGACAUUAUUUGGAAAAAUGCUAUUUUUAUGAUUUCUAUUCAUUUAAUAUCUUUGUAUUGCACCCUUACUUUUAAUUACUUUCAACAUAAAAUAUUAUGUGUAUGGCUAUUUGUUAUGGUAAUAAUGUCAGGAUUGGGAGUAACUGGUGGAGUACAUCGACUGUGGACACAUCGUUCUUAUAAAGCUAAUGUACCACUCCGUAUUUUUUUCGCAACUCUUUAUUAUUCUGCUGGCCAAAACAGAAUAUUCAAUUGGGUAAGAGACCAUAGACUUCAUCAUAAAUAUACAGACACAAUAGCAGAUCCUCAUGAUAAUAAUCGCGGGUUUUGGUUCAGUCACGUCGGAUGGUUGAUGAUUAAAAAAAAACCCGAAGUUCGUAAGUACGGUGCUGGGAUUGAUAUGAGUGACAUUCUAGCGGAUCCAGUUGUUCAAUUUUUUGACAAAAAUUUCAUUAUUCUCAAUACUUUAUUGACCUUUGUUAUACCAGUAAUAAUACCCGUAUAUUUUUUCAAUCAAGACGUGAAAUGGUCAAUAAUAUCUCAAAUAUUCAUGCGUUAUCCUUGGACUUUGAAUAUUACAUGGUCUGUUAAUAGCUUCGCUCACAUGUUCGGAUAUCGGCGCUAUGACAAGAAUAUCGGACCUGUGGAAAAUAUAUGGGUAGGCUGGGCAGCUGCUGGUGAAGGCUGGCACAAUUAUCAUCAUGUGUUUCCGUGGGACUACAGAGCUGCUGAAUUCAAACACGUAUUUCUUAAUACUACCACUGACUGGAUUGAUUUCUUUGCCAAACUUGGGUGGGCCACUGAUUUAAAAACAGCAGAUCCUCAGCUUAUAAAGAAAGUUGUACAAAAUAAAGGCGAUGGCUCACAUCCGUACUAUUAAAAAUUUAUUCAAUUAAUGUUUUAUUUAUUUAAAUUAUUUAUAAUUGCACUAUGAGUAAGAAAUAAAUGUUCAUUAUUUUAGA